UCGACAUGGAAAUGUAGGUCACGGUGCUUCGCCAGAUCCAUGCGUGGUUGCUCAGAGGAUAGCAGCUAGGUAGAGGUACGCGCGGGUAUCCGGCAUGCGUACCGCGCCCGUAAUCCUUGAUGGGACGAAUCGAUUCGCUGCGAAUCCUGCGAUCCUCGGUGCACCGCCGAUAGCCUCUUCGCUAUUGCUAUAGUGUAUAAUUCUCCGUUUAACCUAGUCUACGACAAAUUUUACCUUUCGAAAAUGAAGUCCUCGAUGAUCAUCCUUUCUUUCCCUUUAAUUUUAUAAUUUCUCGUUUUUUUGUCCUAAUUCUGUCUUACGUAUAGUUACUAAUUUUGAACACUUUUUUUUUUUUGGAACACAGGUAGGUAUAGACGUUUUAUAAAGUUUACAAAUAUAUGAUCAGAAAGUCGCUACGAUGCAGCCUCUCUUUUUUGAGGCUGGUGCUAAUAAAUACUAGAUUAGCAGAAGCAAGAGUUAGUUUCUCGUUCGACCACGGCAUCUUGACGCGGAUGUAUUCAAAAUGGUGUAAUCCCUCUGAAGCGAAAGAAUCACCGUACUGUGCAAGAAUUGUUACUUGCAAUUAAAGAGUGUUCGGAUUGCGUCUGCAUUUUGAUGGCACUUUUGCGCUAUUGUAUGUUUCGAUAAAAUUCUACUUCGAUGUUUAUAACGCAUCCGUUUUACAUGGCUUAUUUACACACGCGUAUAAUAAAUAAAUAAAUAAGUAAAUAAAUAUAUUUGGAAUAAUUUACCUAGAUACUUAGAUCGAUAUCUGUAAUCCGUAUGGGAAUUUUGUAUAACAUGGAUCUCAUCUCUUUUCAAACACACGCAUACACGCACGAUAUUCGAUUCAAGUUUAGCAUUGCUUUGUCAUAUGUACUUACAUAAAUAAGGACAUACGUUCUCGUGCCUCUCUAUCUGCUACCGUCUAAUUUCUUAAUCAAUUAAUCGGGGCAAGAAGUUUGAUCUAUCGACGUUUCUAUUAAAAGAUCCGAUAAAAAAGGAUGAAGAAAAGGAACCGAAAGCGGUGGUUGAGCAUCACUGUCAACCAACGUAUCCCCACUGCUCGGGCGAACGCGCCGCGCGCCCCACCGAACCAUAGCCUACAACCACCGCCACUACCAACGACGAACUCCCCUCUACACCUUGUAAUGGCCCAGCUCCUCCGCACCCCGCUUCCCGCGUCCGUUGCGCGCGGCCACCAGUCUACGUCGGAUGCUUGCCGCGUGCGCGUCGUUUCGUCCGACUCUGCCUGCCCUUUUUCCUUUCUUUUCCUACGCAUACACCUCUCUUUAUUUACGAUCACGAAUUUCGACGCGAUCGAACAAAGAAGAAGUAGAAAAGUGUAUCCUCUUUCGUUUCUCGUUCUCUCGUUCGAAGGAUCCUCGAACAAGCGACGAUUCGUCGUUGCUCUUUCCCUCUCUUUCUGUCUCUCUCUUCUCCCCUCAUAUACGUACAUACGCAUAUCGCGUACAGAGCGAAGGGAGAGAGAGACGGAAAGAAGCUUCGCAAGAAGGAAGAGCUACGGGUCUCGUCACGACCGCCCCACAAACGUUGCGUCUUUCGGUGAUUUGUUUUGACAUGUGUGCAUAGGCUGCCAUAUUGGAUUAUAGCGCAUCGUAGCAUCCUGGUGAAGGAGGAUCGAAACGAUUUGCGCGUCCUAAGGAAAGCUGAGGGGUGCAUACACCCAAAGCUCGAUCAUGGAUUCUGUGACGAUGGUUGCGAGUUAUAGUUAAGGUCGGACGGUCGAUGUCUGAUGGCGCGAGCUGGAACGCAGCGCUGGAGAAAUCCUGCUCCAGAGCAUUGACAAGAAAGAAAGUGAGAAGAGGUAGGAAGAAAAAGAGAGAGGUGUGCAAGAGAUUCGAGUAUCUUUGAUCAAAGACCGUCUCGAUUGGAGUCUCUGUCGUGAUUUUGGACGAUGAAUAAUUGAGAAGAAGAGCGUCUCGGGUAAAUUUUACGUUAGGUGACGAUGUACAACGAUCGAUCGAGCUACUGGACAAAGUGCUCUCAGAGUACGACGAGCACGAGGCAGAAAGCGAAGUCGGUAGUGGCGGCGGCAGUGGCGGUGGCGGUGGCGGUGGCGGCGGUGGCGGUGGCGGCGGCGGCGGCGGCGGCGGCGGCGGCGGUGGCGGCGGUAGCGGAGGUGGCAGCAGUGGAGGUGGUGCUGCUGGAGACGAAGUCGUCAGCGACGGAAGAGGACAUCAAUCGGAGGACGACGGUUACAUGAGUAUGAAUGGACGGAAAGCGAAAAUGGCAUUGGUAGCAUUACGUCCUGUUCCGGAUUGCCCGGAGCCACAAGACUCGGCGGGAUUACCAUCCCAGGAAUUCCCUCCGCCCCCUGAAGAGGCAGAACGCAUCAUUUCGACUCUUUUACCGAUAGUCUCCCCUGGAAACUCGUCAAAGAGAACGAGCCAAUCGUCGGAACGACGAAGUGGCCGACAGCAGUGGAUGAUAGCGAUGGAGGAUAGCAUGCGGCACGGAAACGCGGUUACCACACAAACGACUCUCCCCAAAACUCGGCAUCGAAGACCGUACGGAUGGGAGAAUGGUAACGCUGAGAUGGGCCGAACGAAGCGUGAACCUAGCUCGAGUCCACCGAGCAAGUUCGCGAGCCUACCAUACGACGGUAAAGUCUCUUUCAAUUGGAUCCCACCGCGGACGAAUCCAUGCACCGUCGAGAAGCAUCGCGAAGUAAGACGUCGUUCCUCGGAGGAACAUCUCGAGAGGGAUCGUCGUCGUAAAAACGCCGACAAGGAUCGUACGUCCCAUUUGCGAAAACAGAGACAGAACGAGAUCAUGAAAUCGAGCAGCGUCGAGGACAGAUUACUAAUGAAUCAUAAUCACGGUCACAAUCGUAAUCAUAGAGGAGGAGAAGGAGGUGGCAGCGGUGAUGGUAACCACGGUGGCGAUGGCAGCGGCGACGGUGGAGGAGGACAAGAGCUCGAACCGAGACGGCGAAGAAACGACUCUGACUCGAGCGAGGGUAGAUUCUCGAGAAACUCCGAGUCCGAAAGAUCCUCGAUACCUCGUUCGAGCUCGGUCAGCGUCGAGAGGUUCUCCAUGAGGGCGAACUGCGACUCCUCGGACUUUUCCAGGGCCAAUUCGACCUCGAACGAAAGAUUUCAUUCGGACUUCUCGAUAGCCGUAGCCAGUGCCAGCUCGAACGACCACGUGUCCAUACCCAGCUCCGAUCCUUUUUCCAUUAGGAACCUCGACUUCGUGUCGUUUUCAUUGCCACGAGCAGAUUCGAGCGAAAGAUUCUCAGGACGCACGUCCGACAGAUGCUCGGAAGAACGUUACUCCGACAUGUUCUCGACGAGGAAUUCGGACUUUUCCACGAGAAAUUCGACCGAUUUUCGAACUCAGUCCGAGGAGGAGCGCUUUUCGGACGACUCCUUGGAGGAGCUCUUACCUCCGCCACCACCCAUCAGCAAGAGACACUCGAUUGCUUGGGAAGUCUCGCUUGAAGACGACCCUCUUUAUGCGCCCGGUAGCACCAAGGUCGUCGGUAGGAGACGUCGAAAGAGCAGCGACGUUUCUAGCGUCGGAUCGGCGUCGAAGCUCCGUGACUUUGACGACUGGCAAGAUCCACGGCUUUCGACGACGGACGACGACCUGGUCUCGCCAUACUCGGACUCCUCGACGAACGAUCUCGAUCAGAUUCGUCCGCAGGAUCUGACCAAAAACGGUACUUACGUGAUACGACGAGGUCGCAAAAAGGAACGAAAGGUCCUGCCGAAGACAGCGACGAAAACGAAGAGCCUGUCCUUCGAGAACGCUGACGAGAAUCGGCUGUCGGACGUGAAACGAUAUUCGAGCACGUUCGACAAUAUAAAAAGUCUCCUGAAAGAGAACAAGCUGGAGGCUAGAAAGAGACGAUCGUCGGACGACAAAUCGGACGAUCUCGUCGAGUUACCGAGCGAAUUUGCAGAAACUGUGCCACCUCCGGAUCUCGUCAGGGUCGUUUCCCUUCCGACCAUCAACAACGACGGUAACAACAGCAACGACGAGGAGGAGGAAGACGAGGACGAGAGCAACGACCGAGCGGCUCACCUUGACAUAAUGAUCGAAGAGGAAGAAACGUCGGAAAAGUUUUUCGGCAAAGCGAAAGAACGUCCGACGGGCGAAAUUUCUCGCGAAAAGCUACCGUUGAAUUUUUCGACGAGCAAAGAUCCAACGGAUUUGGGCGUUGAUAGAGAGAGAGAAUGCAAUGGUGGUAUCCCACUUUCCGUCUCGGCGUCGAAAGCUCUGGACAUCGGUAAACCAAUCGAUUUUCUCCUUGAGGAACGAUCGAAGAAACUCACGAUUCAUUCGAGCAACGAACGGCUGUCCUCGAAAAUACCCGUUAAUCUUUUGAUCGAAGAUCAAAUCGUGAAAAAGGCUCUUAACGAGAAUCGCAGACAAUUGGAGAAGGUCAGCGACGCCAUAAAGGAGAUCGAAAACGUUAAGAACAGCGAGUCCUAUUCCGAGGGCAGGCGAUGGAAAAAUGGGGACAUUAGAGCUUCUUCCAGGAGGAACAGUUACGAAAACGAUUCCAUCGAGCAAGCGAAUCGGAAGGCGCUAGGCAGUCCGUACGAGCCGAAAAGCAGAAAACAACAGAGCUCCGAUUCGGAAACUUCCAAGACGAGUUCGGAGAGUGAUUUUGAUCGACGAAAAGCAAAUGGAACGGACAUUUACGCGUCCGGCAGGCGGCUGAGACAAAAUGGCAUUGAAAGUCACAAAAAUAAUCAGAAGCAAAUCGAGCACGUAAUCGACGCUAUACUCGAGGACUCAAAAAAUCCUGACUUUCAGGUCAGCGUCGAAGUGCUCGAGUUUCCACCGUUGCCGCCGUCACCGGUGGAGGAAGCCGACGAGGAAAACUCGGACGUUGGACAAAACGCCGUGAUUAGCACCAGGUCGAAAAGCCACGGUAACAGAACGAUGGAGUAUAGGCCAAGAGUGCCACCGCAUCGCGGCCAAGUCGUCGAUGCCAAAGAUCAUCAAACGUCGCUCAAUACGAGAUCGAUGGACGCCGGAUUCUCUCGCGGUAGACGUACGCCAGCCGCCGGCAAUUCAAGAAGAGAGGUGCCGGUGGAGAGAAGGACCUUACCGACGGAUUUGCCAGGACCGUCGUCGAGACGUCGUCCCUUCGCAAAGAAGCACUCGCCCUCGGCGGAUGGUUGCUCCUCGAACGUUGCAGGCUCCAACGGCGGUAUCAACGGCGGUGGCAACGAUGGUGCCAACGGCGGAGCUAACGGCGGGGCCACGACAAACGCCGUCGCAUCCAGCGGAACUGGUAUGCAAACCUCCUGCUCGCUACCAGAAACCCCAGUCUUCGCCAGAGGCAGCGAUAUUCCACGAACGCCGCAACAUGCCGGGAACCAGGCGCAAACACGCCGGCAACCCGGUUGGUAUGCCCCGACGACGGCGACCACUGGGUACCGAAGGAACAAUCCUGGUCUGGAACAGGCGAUAAUCGGAACGGAAUUGCUCCGACUGGCGGGUGGGCCGAAUCGGGGAUGGUAUCCGACGAGAAAAGUGAAUCAGCCGCGACCAGCUUCCAUCGAGCAUCUUGAACGGCUAAACAACGUUUACGACGCGCGCUUACCGAGCGGUGCCGAUCAGAGGAAACCGUUAACCCUGCCGACGAACAUCACACCCAACAAAUACUUCGGCCAAAGUAAGCACAGCUCCGCGUCCAGCACUCGCGAGGCGCUACGGAGGGUCACUAGCUUGCUCAUCAAGAAAGGGAGUGGCAGUAAAGAUGGAAAAAGUGGUAAAGACAACGCUUUACCUUCGGGUCCUUAUGCCGCCGCGGAGAGUGGCGAGGCGCCAAAGAAAAAGGGUUUUUUCAAAGGUUUUUGGAAAAGAUCACGACAUUAUUCAUUGGAGAACCAAUAGCCCAGGUGUGGCAGGGUAAUCAGUGGCCGGCAACGACAGAGACAAGGUCAUCAACAGCAGCAUCAGCAGCAGCAUUACCAGCAACGCGUUGCCACGAGGACUUUAGCUAGCAACCCCUGCUGUUGCAUCGUUCAAUAACCGCGACUCUUUCCUCCGUACGUCGUUUACACAAUACUCCCUCCAUCUAUACAUAGGUAUGUCCGCGUCUGGGUUGCGUCUGCUACGAUCAUGACCAUCGAUUAGAGAAGAAGAUAGAGAGAGAGAGAGAGAGAGAGAGAGAGAGAGAGAGAGAGAGAGAGAGAGAGAGGGAGAGGGAGAGAGGGAGAGAAUCUAAACAGGUGAUCUCGUGUUUUUCACAAUUUUUAAUAUUCCCGAUCCGCGGAUGCUUGUGAAUAUUCUUCAUUUAGAUCACGAUAUAAUCUAAAAUGUGCGCCCUUUCGCGAGUAAAUCAUUGCGGGAUGUAAAAGAAGAACGGUGAAAAUACGGAGGAGAGCUGGAACGGAUCGCCCCUGACUGUUAUUAUCUAUUAUUAUUAUUAUUAUUAAAAUUAUUAUUAUUAUUAUUGGUGAGGAAAAUCAGCAGUCGUGAGUCGGAGAAUCACGCGAAUCGUGCCUUUUUUUCUUUCUUUUAUACGUCGCUUCCACGAUGCGGACCAAUAGUAACGGAAAAAUGACUGAACCAGUCACAUGAGAGGGAGGAGAAAGAGUUUAGUUCUUCAAAUGAAUAAAAAAAUAAGAUCGACUGUAGAAAUGAUUCUAUAAUUCACUCGACGGAUUUGACAUACUUUGUCGUAGAUAAAAAUCGGUUCGCGUCACCGAAAGUCGACGAGUCAUGCCAAACCAUAGAUGCGUGCUUAGAAGUAUAAAAUUUAAACGAUUUUUACAUUAGAUUAAUCCCCUAAUGCUUCAUUUCAUUUCUAAUUGUUUUUACCUUCGAAAAAAAAAAGAUACUUUAAACUUCCUUUUCCGUACAAAUGUUCGAUUAAACGAACGUAUUAAAUUAUAAGCUAUGGAGCACGCGCCGACAAGAGUUUUUCAAUUUUUCUUUUAUCUUUCCUUUAAUAUGGUUCAAAACCCGAGCGCAUCGUAAGGAAUAAUAAACUAUUUAGUAUAUAGAGAGAGUGUAUUUGGGUAUUUAAUAUACUUAACUUAUAUUAGCCGAUAUGUGAUAGAUGAAAAAAAGGAAGUAUAAUAUGUUGCAUGGAGCAAGUGUGAGAUAUAUCGCGAAUGAGUACGAAUAUUAUUAAAGAGAGUAUAUCAUACGGUACAUUAUUAUUGAUACGGCUGUAAGUCCAUAGAGACGUUAACGCGUGUUGUAACAUUUAUAUUACCAUCGGUCAUCGUCAUCAUCGUCAUCAUCAUCAUCGUCGUCGUCGUCAUCGUCAUCGUCAUGGUCAUCAUCAUCACUAUUCAUUGUCAUCCGUAUCAGUAUAGAGAUCUAUUAUUAUUGUAAUAAUAAUUAUUACCAUUAUUAUUAUUUUUUUAUUAUCAUUAUUAUUAUUACUAUUAUUAAUAUUAUUAUUAUUAUUACUAUUAUUGCUAUGAUCAUCGAUCACCACCAUCACCAUCACCAUCACCACCAUCAUCAUCCUUACUACUAUUAUUAUUAAUGGCACAAUAUAUGAUUAUAAAUGCUCGAGGACGCAUUACACAGCCACUUAGGCGCACACAUUCACACAAACGUCAUGGUAACGAUAACGUUAAUAUUAUCGGCAUAACAUUAGUACAGAUAAAUAUAUGAAAAAUUACGAAUAAAUGUAUAUACAUGUGUGUGUGUGUGUGUGUGUGGUGCUUAUACACGCGCGUACGCACACGCGCAUUACAUAUGCAUAUAUACAUAAAGGUAAAUGUAUAUAUGUAUAUGUAAUUAACACACAAGAAUAAAACCGAUAAAAAGGAGGAAAAGAUGGCGGCGAUAGGUAACGAUAAAAUCAGAUCAUAUAUCUAUUUAAUAUUAUUUUUAAUUUGACAUUAUUAAUGCAUUCACUUCGCACGCUGGACGAAGUCGCGAAGAGUAAUGAAAAAAAAAAAAGAUAAAUAAAUAAAGAUGGGCGGCGAAAUCGAUCGUAUGCCAAAGAUCGUUUGUCAAGGGAAAACUUGCCGACUUAUGGAGGAUACCUGGAGUUGUGUAUAUAUACAUGUGUGUGUGUGUAUGUAUGUAUGUAUCUAUAUAUGUACACACACGCGCGUGCGCACGAUAGAUAUAUAUGCAACUGGAUAUAUUACAACGUCUUGUAUUCGAGUAUUCGAAACUCCCUCCUCUUACCAAACAUUUCUUACAUUUCGUGUAACAAAAUAAGGAAAGUCUAACAACGUCAAUGCAUGUCGGAUUUUAAAAACGAGUAUAUUGCUUUUUCGUAUUUUCAAAAAGAAAAGACUUGCUCGAUUUUGCAGAACGCAAAAAAGAGUACAGUAAAAACGGCCUACGAGAAAGUUUCGAGGAGAAAUCAAACCAUUUGCGUAUUAUGGAUCCAUCCAAUCGUUAUCGAAGAUCUUGGAAAAUAUGUCGAGUUACAAUCGUCUCGUUCAAAGGAAUACGUAAAUCGGUUCGAUUUUUUCUGUUCAAAAUCUUCAAAUAAUGUACAAUGACAAAAAAAAGGAGAAGAUGCGAUCCAGAUACGAGGCGUGCGACGAACUGCACCACGAACUCUGCUUCAUUGAUUCCAUUAAAGCGGUUAAAAGGGAGCCAGCGCUGAAAGCUAGGAACGAGAACAACUUCCCCUUCUACGAUUUAACCACCAUAGAUUUUUAGCAGUGUUUACGUAAUCGAUAAAACAAGGUGCACCCACGAAGAAAACUUUUUGUCCGUAGGAAGAAAAACAAUGAUCGAUAAUUCGCCGCCGUUGUCUCUUAACUUGUGCUUUUGAUUUUCUAUUGUUAAUAAAACACAAUAAAAUGCAAAA